UCCAUUUGGCUUGUAAGAGAGAGAGAAAUGGAAUACAACAUGAUCAAUGAAGAAGGACUAAUUAUGGAAGAUUUCUUCAACAAUGGAUGGCCAGAGCUUGAUUGUUUUGAUCAAUACCCAUCUUCCUUUGAAUUAAAUCAUCAACCCUUUCAGAGCUCUUUCUUCACUGACCACCACCAACAACAACAACACUAUAGUCAUAACAACAACCUUAAUCAAUUGUCUAAUUCAGUUCUAGGGGGGAUGGUCCAAGAAGAUAUUGUGCCCGACGGUAAUCAUGUUUUUCUGAGCCAUUUGGAUGAUCAAGAUCAAGAUCAAGUCCCAGAGUAUAAACCAAACAUGUCGAUGAAGGGAAAGAAAUUGAAUGGGCAGCCAUCAAAGAAUCUCAUGGCCGAGAGACGUAGGCGAAAGAGACUCAACAACCGACUCUCCAUGCUUAGAUCCAUAGUCCCAAAAAUCAGUAAGAUGGAUAGGACAUCUAUAUUAGGGGAUACCAUAGAUUACAUGAAGGAACUAGUAGAGAGGAUCAAGAUCUUGCAGCAGGAACAGGAACAAGAACAGGAUGAUGGAUUAUUAUUAGAGUCUAAUAAUCAUUUAUUAAGCAUCUUCAAUAGUAAUAAUGAUGACCACAUGAUGAAGCCCAAUGAAGUUCUCAUUAGAAACUCACCCAAGUUUGAUGUGGAGAGGAAAGAAAAGGGUGAAAGUAGUAGGGUGGAGAUAAUGUGUGGUGCAAAACCAGGGCUUUUACUUUCAACUGUUACAACUCUUGAAGCUUUGGGGCUUGACAUUCAACAUUGUGUCAUUAGCUGUUUUAAUGAUCACUUUUCUAUGAAUGCUUCUUGUCAGGAUAAUAAUUUAGAUGAUCAGAUAAUUAUUACAAGUUCAGAAGAAAUCAAGCAGGCAUUGUCUAGAAAUGCAGGUUAUGGACAUGCUGCUGCUGCUGGGAGUUAAAUUCAUUUGCUUCUAAUUAAUUAAUUAAUUAAUUAUCAAGAAACUGUCCUAUAUAUAUAUAUAUAUAGCUUAGCUAGGGGGGUCAUGCAUGCACUCAACUUUAAUUAUCAUCUGAAUUUGUGUUCUUUUUCAGAUA